AUCGGAUCCCUGGUCUUUUCAUCACGUUUGGGUGUCUCUGAAGAGCUCAGCUUUACAAACACAACACCAACAAGAUGCUGUGGGGGUUUGAACAUGGGCACACAGCCACAUGCUUUGACCAAGGCAGACAUCCCUGCCCAUGUUCUUUACACCGUAGGAACAUGUGUGCUCAUUAUUGGUUCCAUUGGCAUCAUUGGAAAUCUCCUAGUUCUCUACGCAUUUUACAGCAACAAGAAGCUGAGGACGUCCCAAAAUUACUUUAUCAUGAAUUUGGCUGUGAGCGACUUCCUGAUGUCAGCUACUCAGGCACCCAUGUGCUUCGUCAACAGCUUGCACAGAGAGUGGAUACUUGGAGAUAUAGGCUGUGACUUGUACGCUUUCUGUGGGGCACUCUUUGGAAUAACCUCCAUGAUGACUUUAUUAGCCAUUUCUGUCGACCGCUACCUUGUGAUCACUAAGCCCCUGCAAUCCAUACAGUGGACUUCGAAGAAACGCACCAUGCAGAUCAUCGCUGGCGUCUGGCUGUACUCCCUGGGAUGGAGCGUGGCUCCGCUUUUUGGAUGGAGUUCCUAUGUGCCUGAGGGAUUGAUGAUAUCCUGUACCUGGGACUAUGUCACCUACUCCCCCGCAAAUAGGAGUUACACAAUGAUUUUAUGUUGCUGCGUGUUUUUUAUUCCCCUGAUAAUAAUAUUCCAUUGCUAUUUAUUUAUGUUCCUGGCCAUAAGACGGACUGGCAGAGAUGUUCAAAGGCUGGGGUCCUGCAGCCGGAAAGCCUACCUCUCUCAGUCUAUGAAAAAUGAAUGGAAAUUGGCAAAAAUUGCUUUUGUGGUCAUCAUUGUAUUUGUCUUGUCCUGGUCUCCAUAUGCCUGUGUCACCUUGAUUGCCUGGGCAGGUCGAGGCAACACCUUAACACCAUAUUCCAAAUCUGUGCCAGCAGUUAUUGCCAAAGCAUCUGCAGUCUACAACCCCAUCAUAUAUGCCAUAAUUCACCCAAGAUACAGAAAAACCAUCCAUAAUGCUGUUCCCUGCUUGAGGUUCCUAAUACGAAUAUCAAAGAACGACCUCCUGAGAGGCUCCAUAAAUGAGUCAUCAUUCAGGACCUCUCUCUCCAGCCAUCAGUCUCUUGCUGGCAGGUCCAAGAGCACUUGUGUUGCAUCAGUUUCCACUGGAGAAGUUACCUGGAGCACUGUAGAGCUUGAUCCUGUAGAGCCAGUUCAUAAGAAACUGCAGCCUCGACGAAGUCAUUCUUUCUCAACAAGUCUGAGACAGGAGAAGAGAGACCUACUCCCAAAGACCUGCAGCCGUGAUCCACCAACUGCAGAAAAGGUUUCAAUCUCCUCCAGCUGUUUGGAGAAGGUGCUUGGGCAGCCAGUCCUACGCAGUCCCCCUGCAAGGCUCGUGACCAGCUCCUUAAAAGCAGCCUCUUUGCCUGUUGGUUUGAAUAGCAGCAGCAUCAGCAGAGGAGGAGACUCAGGUACUUCACAGUUGGCAAGCCAAGAAAGUCAAAUUAAUGGAGUCCUGGACUCUAUCAUUAGCAGCACGGUCCCUCGCAUCAUCAUCAUUCCUACCUCAGAGACCAACCUAUUUCAAGAGGAACUGGGACAGGAAGAGCCAGAAUUAUUCCACUUUCAUGACAAAAAGGGCAAUCUGCUGGACUUGGAAGGGCUUAGCUCAUCCAUAGAGUUCCUUGAAGCGGUUGAGAAAUUUCUGUCCUAA